CCAGUGUGCACCAAGUGCCCACUUCGCAAGCCUUCAAAAAUCCUCUUUCUUCUCACCAGCUUUGGCGCGGGACGGAAGGCGCUGCAAGUUCAACUUGCAAGGAAGCCUUCAUUCUUUGUCCACAAGGUUCUGCGUCUCCUUCUUCUUUUCCUCGCGACUGCUGCAUCAACAUAUUCGCCACCAUUUUGCUGGAAGCGGUUGAUCGAAGGGCGGGUGGGGGCUACCAGGUUGAUAAGGCCCACGAAGGGCACACAGAUGCUGUUGUGGUCCUGGUCUGCCACUAAGCCAGAUCCGGCGCUUUCAGUGGUUCGCUCCACUGUACUUAAUAGCAAUAUAACACCAAGAUCGUGGUUUGGCAGCACCCUUCUGCCAUGGAGUCGGGGGGGGUUGCAGGGCGGCGCGUCCAAAGCAACGAGAAGUUCCUGGAGUGGUUGAGGGGCAUACAAGGUGAGAAGCGGGACAGCCUGUCGCGAGGCCACAGCCCGGACGAACCAAAGUCGUCGUCUCACAGAGUGAAGAGCAGCGCACCCGGUAGUCCAGGCGCCACUGACCUAAGCAAAAAGUCAAAGAGCGGCAAGCGGCGAAAGAGCCUGGACGCGGAUGGACCCCACGCCAAGCGGGCGUCGGGGAAAGUUGCGCGAAAGUCUGGGGCAGCGGCCGGCAGGACAGUGCGGAACAAGGCCCUGGAGAAAGUGAGGGGGCGGCGGGGGGGCUCUGCCGACAGCCGGGAGGGGAGUCGGAAAAGAGGGCGAGAGGAGGCGGAGGAUAUGCGCGAGGACACGCCGGAGCCGUCGCUGAAGGGCGUCAAGCAGUCCCGGCGGAUCGCGUCCCGGAAGAAGGAGAAGAAGGAGGUACCGAUCCUGAAGAUGCCCAAGCUGCAAGUGCAGCUGUCGCGGCAAGAGAUCAUGGACGAUUUUAUUGCCAUCACGGGCCGGCGCCCGCAGGGGAAGCCCAAAAAGUCGCUCAUCCUGUCUUACGGUUUGGCUCUCUGUAGCAGUUUACAAUCUGGAACAACAGCGCGAUAUUACUGACACCAAGCUACCGGAACCUCGUUUAUCUGGGACGCUCAUACGAAUGGAGGUUUCUUCUUUAUCAAGGUUUUGUUGAACGGUAGUGUAAGUUGAAUGAAUCUGGUCAUGGACUCAAUUGACCUUGAUUCAGUUACCAGUUCACUUCUUUAUGUGCAUCUACGUGCACCAAUUCAAGGAGAUCCGGCAUCUUAUCGGACG